UUAAGAAGAUACCAUAUUGCCUUUAAAAGUUUGAUACCGUACUUGUAAAAAAUCCACAUUAAAUUGACAACACAACAUCUGUUAGGUCUGGUUGCCUUAGUAAUACACAAGCAAACAAAAAUAUUCGUAGAUCACAGUACUUAUUUUUUGUAGCUCGAACACUUAGACCAAUAACUCGUUUUCUAAGCUCGGAGAUUAAUAUCCCAAGAAUUAAUAGAAUAUUGUUUUUAUGUGUAAUAUCAAUUCCGAAAAAUGUUUCCUAAUAAGUUAAAAAUUCUGUUCAUAGGACCAUCCGAUAGUGGAAAAUCACAGAUAGCAAAUUGUCUUCGGUCAGAUUCAAUAAACAUUGAAGAAGCCGGCACUCCGAGACCAACGCAAGGCGUCAGAAUAGUGGAAUUCGAACUUUCUAAUUUGAAUGUCAAUGGAAAAAUUGUUAACGUCGACAUAGAAUUGUGGGACUGCAGUGGCAAUCAUAGGUUUGAAUCAUGCUGGCCUUCACUUCGAGUAGGAGUUCAAGGAGUAAUUUUAGUAUGCUCACCCAACACGGCAGACACAGCUUCAAGAGAACUGGAACUUCUUUAUAAUUACUUUGUGUCGCAGCCUAAGCUGCCAGCCAAACAAUGUGUGGUUUUCUACAAUUGUACUGACGAACAAGAUGUUAUCGAUUCUUUAAAUUUGUCACCUACAUUUUCAAAGGUUUCUCAAGUUCCAAUUAAUAUGAAGUCUGGAGAUGACAGACUGAAGGUAGAUUUUUCCAACUACAUAAUUUCUGUAUUACAAUCAAUAAACAAAGAAAAGUAAAAAA